ACACAAACACACACGCAUGCAAUCCCCACAGUGGGUAAUGCUAAUUGAUGUGGAUGAGUGUCAGACGUCCACGACUAGGAGCCCAGCCCAGAGAGGAUCAGACCUCUAGUCUUGACGUUCAGCACAGUCAAUGGGAUUUAAAGCAGCUCUCUGUCCCUUGCCUCCCUCCUUUCCUCCUCUCCUCCCCCCUCCCCUCCCUCUCUCCAGUAAUCGCUCUGUUGUGGUGUUAACUCCAGCUUGCUGCUGGUGCCUCCUCCCUCGCAGGAAACUCUCCCUCUCUCCCUUUCUUUCCCCCUCCGUCUCUCCCUCUCUCGGCUGUAUAUAAGUGUGGAUGGGAGGAUUGUGUUUCAGACAGAGUGAAGGAAUGCUGAGGUGCAGGACAGAUGGAGAGGGACGCGCCCCCUCUGAGCCCUCCUGCCUGGUAUUGGCUGGUGUGACGGUCACCGUGCGAGAUCAACAGGAUGAUUGACGGACGCCCUCGUUGACCCGUGUGCCCAGGAUGCCCGCGGUGCCAGCGGGCAGUGCCCCCAACCCCCACGCCCUCCCCGUGACCUGCGCCCUCACCUGCUCCUGGCUCCUCCUCCUCUUCCACGCCGCCUUCGGCCAGAAGCCCGCCAAGCUCCCGUUGGUGGGCCGCAAGCCCUUCAUCGCCGCUUGGAACGCCCCGUUGGACAUGUGCACGACCAAGUACAACGUCACCGCCAACCUCGAGCACCUCUUCCAGAUCAGCGGGAGCCCGCGGGCUGUCCGCACCGGCCAGAACGUCACCAUCUUCUACGCCAACCGGCUCGGCCGCUACCCGUACUACACCGACCACGGUCAGGCCAUCAACGGAGGGCUGCCUCAGAACUGCAGCCUGGACGCCCACCUCAUCAAGGCCUACCAGGACAUCAGCCACUUCAUCCCCUCUCAAAGCUUCCGGGGCCUGGCCGUCAUCGACUGGGAGCACUGGCGGCCGCAGUGGAACCGCAACUGGCACAAGAAGGACGUCUACCGGCGGAAGUCCCGGGAGCUGACCGCCAGGGCGUACGUCAACGUGACGGCGUCGCAGGUCGAGGAGCUGGCGCGCGAGCGCUUCGAGAGGAGCGCCCGGGCGUUCAUGCUGCGGACCGUGCAGCUGGGGACUCGCCUCCGCCCCGACGGCCUCUGGGGCUUCUACCUCUACCCCGACUGCCACAACUACAAUCUGCACGAGCACAACUACACGGGCUCCUGCCCCCUGCAGGAGAGCCGGCGCAACGACGAGCUGCUGUGGCUGUGGAACAGCAGCACGGCGCUGUUCCCCUCGGUGGCCAUCAGGAAGAGUCACACGGACAGCGUCAGAAACCUGCACUUCUCCCAGUACCGGGUGCUGGAGGCUAUCAGGAUAGCGUCGCUCACCUCGCUGGACUACGACCUGCCCACGUACGUCUACCUGAGACUGGGCUACAGGGACGAGGCCAUGGCCUUCCUCACCACGAAAGACUUGAUCCACACCAUUGGGGAGAGUGCUGCUUUAGGUGCUGCUGGAUUUGUGAUAUGGGGAGACCUCAACCUCACCUCAUCCAGACACAACUGCACCAAGGUGAAAUCCUUCCUGAGCCAUCGUCUGGGCCAGUACAUCACCAACGUGACGCGCGCCGCAGAGCUCUGCAGCAACUUCCUGUGCCAGAGCAACGGGCGCUGCAUCAGGAGGGACCCCCGCGCCCCCCACUACCUCCACCUGAGUGCCGACAGCUACCACAUCCAGCCCUCCGGAGACGGAGACUUCCUGGUUACGGGCUGGCACUCGCAGCACGAGCUGCAGCUAUUGGCCGAGAGGUUCCGCUGCCACUGCUACGAGGGCCACUCCGGGGAGAGGUGUGACAGUCUGAACGAAGUGGUGGUGGAGGAAGGGGGGGCAGCCCAGGAGGAGGAGGAGGAGACGUGGAGAAAGGAGGAGGAGGAGAACAAAUGGACAGAUGAGGAGGAAGGAAAUGAGAUCGGGGGAGAAGAGAAAGAGAGAAAAUUGGAGAGCUCGGCUCCACAAACUGAGAAUGCGUACGGACUGAUGACGUUACUACUCAUGUUGAACUUCUCUAUUCUGGGAUUAGUGGUAUUAUGAUAAUGAUGAUGAUGGCACUUUAGGUAGCAUGCAGGGGGGUUGGUUUUGGAUGAGAAAGGAGAGAUGUCCCUCUCCUUGUUAUUACUGUCCCAUGAGGGCCCUACAUAGAACUACGAAGCUUGAUAACGGUGUUUGGCUCACAUAUGACAUAC